GUCGACAGCAGGAACCCAGGCAGGUAGUUGGAAGCACGAAGCAGCAGGAGACUUUAUCUGCUCUUUGUAUCCAUCAUGGAAACACCUCUUCUUCCUCGUGAGUCUGGCCGGUUCGUGGCAGAGCGGAGUCAGGACGUGUUUGUGGAGGAGGAGGGAGUGCAGAAGGCGGCAGAGAUGCUCUACUCUCUCCGACACAGUGAGGCUCUCACUGCCAGUGGCUGGAAAGAGGGGAAUCCACUGGCCCCGGCAGCGUCUUCUGACCAGGCCUUAAACUGGGUGUUUGUUGUCGACACCAUGAACUUCUCCUUCUGGCCAGAUGAAGAAACUCAGCAGUGUGAGGUGACAUAUAAAGGGACCACGUACACAGGCUACAUGACACUUUGUGCUGCCAUUCUCAGAGCCAUGGACGAAGGUAUACCCAUCACCGAUCCAAAGUACUUCUCCGAGAUGAGUGUGGAGGAGCUCGGACACAUCCUUCGAUCUGACAAUAAAACGCCCAUGCCGAUGCUACAGGCCCGUCACAAGGUGCUGACUGAAGGCGGCCUGGUGUUGCUGGAACAUGGCGGAAGUUUCCGCAGUUUCAUCAGCCAAGCCGGGAAUGACGCCCGCAAGAUGGUUGAGCUUAUUGUGCAGAAGAUUCCUUCCUACAAGGAUGAAGCUACAUAUGAGUGCAAGAGAAUCUCACUGUACAAGCGAGCCCAGAUCCUGGUGGCAGAUUCCUGGGGUGUCAUGGAGGCCAGAGGAGAAGGAGACAUCAUCAACAUGGACUGGCUCACCAUGUUUGCAGACUACAGGGUCCCACAGGCUCUCGUCUACCUUGGAGUGCUACGUUACUCUGACACGCUGAUGCAGAUGCUGAAGAAAGGUGAGCUGCUGUGUUCAGGGGACAGGAGGGAGGUAGAGAUCCGAGGUUGUUCGAUUUGGUCCGUGGAGCUGAUCAAAGAUCAACUUUGCAAACUGGUGCAGGAGCGAGACGGAGAGACAUGUCACAUCAACUCCGCAAUCAUAGACUUCUACCUGUGGCCUUACGCCAAACAGCAUCAUAAAGAGAUGGCCCACAUUCCCGUACACCGCACACGCUGUAUUUACUACUGAUGAGCUGUUUGGCAGCCGCACAUACAGGAGGCUGCACUUCCUCAGUGUGAAGCCUUGGAACUGGUGCCUCUCCCUGGGAUAAAGCCAAACAUGUUCAUGUGCCAGAUAUACAUACGAGUGGACUUCUCUCAAUCUGUAAUGUAAACAGGUGGGAAGUUAUAUUGUGGCUUGUUUGUCUGUGGGUUGUAUAACUGUUGUCCAUUUACAGUCAUUUAAAAUGUUUAAUGUUAAUGAGAUGGAACAUUUUCUAACAAGUGAUCUCAAUGUGGACACUGUAAAUCUGCUGCAAUUUGAACCAACACUGACAGUGUUGGCAGGAUUGUACUGAUAUGAUAUAUGUAUAACAUUGCAUGAAUAUUGUCAUAAAAUGAGAUGGGUGUUUUUAGGAAAGAUCUUAGAA